CUAGCUUUGGCUUGCGGUCCUGCCUCCAGGGAGGCAGGGCCGGGAGGGUGUGGAGGGUAGAAAUUAUGAUGACCCCUGGCAAUUGUGCGGCUGCGUUCUCAGCACAGGUGUGGACAGGAGCCUGCCUGGGCCUGUUUGGCUGUGGGGAAUCUGUGGAAGGAGCGGGCUGCCCUCCCAGAAAGCAUGGCAGGAGAGGAGAACUUCAAGGAAGAGCUCAGAUCCCAGGAUGCUUCCAGGAACUUGAACCAGCAUGAGGUAGCAGGACAUCCACAUUCCUGGUCUCUGGAGAUGCUGUUACGCAGAUUGAAGGCUGUCCACACCAAGCAGGAUGACAAGUUUGCCAACCUCCUGGAUGCAGUGGGGGAGUUUGGCACAUUCCAGCAGAGGCUAGUAGCCCUCACCUUUAUCCCCAGCAUCAUGUCGGCCUUCUUCAUGUUUGCUGACCACUUCGUGUUCACAGCCCAGAAGCCCUAUUGCAAUACCAGCUGGAUCCUGGCAGUGGGCCCCCACCUGUCCGAAGCUGAGCAGCUGAAUCUGACCAUACCCCAAGCACCCAAUGGCAGUUUCCUGACAUGCCUCAUGUACCUUCCUGUGCCUUGGAAUCUGGAUUCUAUCAUCCAGUUUGGCCUCAAUGACACAGACACAUGCCAAGAUGGGUGGAUCUAUCCUGACGCUAAGAAGCGAUCGCUGAUCAAUGAGUUUGACUUGGUAUGUGGCAUGGAGAUGAAGAAGGACACUGCACAGAUCAUGUUCAUGGCAGGGCUCCUGAUAGGCUCUCUCAUCUUCGGGCUCAUAACUGACCAGAUGGGCCGCUACCCUGCCAUCCUGCUGUCACUGCUGGGGCUGAUCAUCUUCGGCUUUGGGACAGCCUUCGUGAACAGCUUUCACCUGUAUUUGUUCUUUCGCUUUGGCAUCUCGCAGUCAGUGGUGGGCUACGCCAUCAGCAGCAUUUCUUUGGCCACUGAGUGGUUAGUGGGUGAGCACCGGGCCCACGCCAUUAUCCUGGAACACUGCUUUUUCGCUAUUGGGGCCAUGUUGCUGACGGGGAUCGCCUACAGUCUUCCCCACUGGCGGCUGCUGUUUCUGGUGGGUGGGAUACUUGUGAUCCCCCUCAUCUCCUAUAUCUGGAUUCUCCCGGAGUCCCCGCGGUGACUGAUGAUGAAAGGGAAGGUGAAGGAGGCCAAGCAGGUGCUGUGCUACGCCGCAAGUGUGAACAAGAAGACCAUUCCUUCAAAUCUGCUGGACGAGCUGCAGCUUCCCAGAAAGAAAGUGACUCUGGCCUCUGUCCUGGACUUCUGUAAGAAUAGGCAGCUCUGCAAGGUGACCUUGGUGAUGAGCUGUGUGUGGUUUACCGUCAGUUACACCUAUUUUAUGUUGAGCCUGAGAAUGAGAGAGCUGGGCGUGAGCGUCCACUUCAGACAUGUGGUCCCCAGCAUCAUGGAGGUGCCUGCCCGGCUGUGCUGCAUCUUUCUCCUCCAGCAGAUUGGGAGGAAGUGGAGCCUGGCUGUGACUCUCCUCCAAGCCAUCAUCUGGUGUUUGCUUCUCCUUUUCCUCCCUGAAGAGCUGAAAUCCGUGACGAUCUUGGUGCUCACACUCGGAGAGUUCAGCCUGGCCACCACUGUCACUGUGUUCUUCCUCUACACCGCUGAGCUCCUCCCCACCGUGCUCAGGGCGACAGGUCUGGGGCUGGUGUCUCUGGCCUCGGUGGCUGGAGCCAUCUUGUCCCUGACAAUCAUCAGCCAGACCCCCUCCCUCCUGCCCAUCUUUGUCUGCUGCGUCUUAGCCAUCGUGGCCUUUUCCCUCUCCUCCCUGCUGCCGGAAACGCGAGAUCAGCCCCUCUCCGAGAGCCUGAACCACUCCUCACAGAUAAGGAAUAAGGUCAAGGACAUGAAGACUAAGGAAACAUCAUCUGAUGAUAUGUCUGAGGAAGCGGCCAAGAAUGUCAUUCUCAAUGCCCAGAUCCUGAGAUUGGACCCAUACCCUGUCUCCAACCCUGCCUUGAAGCAAUUCAAUAAAGAGGAAGCAAACAGCCAGGCUCCCUGAGGGCCAGGCCCCCAGAUUAUCUUGGGUUGGAAUUGAGUGGCCAAGUAUGGGGUCAUGGAUUCCAGGUCACAAAUUCCAGGCCUAGUUCAGUCUGGGGGGCAGGGUCAGUCCUGCUCCCAGGCCAGCCCUUGGCAUUAAAAAAAAUGCCCCCUCGUUCUGCAGGAGCUCUGCUGUGAUUCAUUCCAAUAAAGGUACAAUGUUAGUCUUGAGAUGGCUGGGUCAAAGUUGCCCAUGUGUGGAGAAUGCAGAGGCCCUGGCCUGGAGGAAGAUGGGUUAGACAGACUCCUUAGGGUCUUUGUCUAAUCGUUCAGGGACAGUGAGGAGCUCUCUGGAUGGGGGCAGGGGAGUGGGGAGGGCAAUGUCUAUGAGGGCCAGAGGUGAAGUGAGGGCAAGACUGUGCCUGCACGCCAAGCAUACCCGCUAGCCCAUGCAUCUGCCAGCACGGCAAGUUUCCACCUGAAGCACAGGCUAAGGACAGAUUUCAAAGCUCCAUUUUAUGCACUAGUCAGGGCAGGGAUGGAAUGUAAAGGAACAUUGAGAACUUCUCUCAUUUGUCCCAUUGCGUAGGGCUUUCUCACCAUCUUUCUGCUGAUGCUGCAAAUAAACAUGGCCUUGGGAAUUUCCCAAAUCGGUCCACAUCCCUGGGGAUGCUUUCCUGAUGACUCCACCCUAGCUGACCUCUGGCCUCCACCACUCUGAGG